ACCUCCAAAAGGAAGAAGAAGCGUUUAACCAAAGAAGAAGAGCUAGCAGGGCCGGCAGUACUACUGUGACGUUAGCUUGGUAAACAGCGGAGUAUUUCAGACAAAAUCAGACAUUAUGUUUGAGAACUUCAGAGAGAGACUUCACAUGGUCCAGCAGGACUUUUCCACUGGCUUCAAGACCCUUGGAGACAAAUCAAGAGACUCCAAAAUGAAGGGGAGAUCCAGGUUGGAAGAAGGUUUUCCACAUUUUAGUGCUGGGCUGGACAUCUUAAGCAGAUAUGAGAAGAGUUGGUUUCUGCUCCACAGAAGAACGAAGGACUGCGCUCAGCUGGCAGAGUCAGUAGAUGGUGACAUCGUAAUGCUGUCAGCUCAUUGGGAGAGGAAAAGAGCAGCUCUCAAACAUCUACAGGAGCAGCUGCAGACCUUGCCAGACCUAAUCAGUGAACUGGAUGCCAUCACUGCCAACAUUGCUCAUUUGGAGGGUGACUUUGAGGAGAUGGAGAGCAGGCUGGUUUACCUGGAGACAUUGUGCUGUCAGUGUGAGCAACAGACCAUCAAAAAACACCACCUGAACCAGUUGGAAACUUACAAGAAAAAGAAAAG